AUGACGCCUUCUAAGUUUAAGAAUCGCUGCCCUGUAUGUCACCGGCCGUCUUGGCGCCUGCGACGCCACUUGGAUGACGUUCACAGCGUCAGGAACGCCCUGGAGCGAAGGAUCCUGCUGGCGUUUGCCAGAGGGCGAGUGAGCGUUCGCGGCAUGAAGUGCCCCGUCGGCGGCUGCUCGUACGGCGGGUCAAGGGUGGCGCAGCACCUCCAAGACGCUCACCGUGACCUGGGUGCCAAGGAGAAGAAGCGCCUUUUGAGGAAGCUCCAGUGGCGCAAAACGCUGCGGCAGGGACCGAGCGCCAGCCCUCCACGUUCCACCUCGGCGGCGGACUCCACACAGCGGCCGGAGCCAUGUCUUCUUCCCGGCGGCGACGACGACGACGACGACGACGUGCCAUCCGCGGACUCGGCGGCGACGACGACGACCGGAGUGCCGGAGGUCGAGGACGAAGAACCGCAGGCCCCGUCCUCGAGCACGGUGGGUAGGCUGAGUACAUUUCCUGCAGUCAUCCGUGGCUACCUAGAAGAGUACGGCCGGCACCUGGCCGGGGCAGUACGCUCGCGAAAGCAUGCUGAAAAUGUUAAGUCAAAGAUGGGUCGAAUUGUUGCAUUCCUCAGCUACAUGAGCCGUGAUAAGACCGAGCUGGGCUCCUGGCGCUUCUUGGAUGACGCCGGACGCAUAAUGGCCUGGCCCGCCGAACUCACCGAGCGGGAGCGGAAGGCCGUAACUACCGUUAAGGUCUACCUGGUAAACACAACCCAAUUCCACGUAUACUUCAUGGAGACGCCUCCGAGAAGCUCCAGGCUGUCCAAGCGGCAGCUCGUGUCCGUGAUGAGAGCUCUGAGGUCGGCUACGUGCCAAAUCGGAACGAAGGUGGUGCUUCGGCAGAUCAAGGUCAAGUCCGAGAAGCUACAGCGCUCCGUAACGCCCGAAAUUCUCCGCAGAUGCAUCGCAAAGUGUCGGGGCUGGAUCCCCAAACUCUUGCUGAGCUGCUCGCAAAAGAAGCACGACGUGGGACUGAGGCACCUGCUGUUCGGGUUCUUCGGCCUUUACCUUAUUUCUCUCUACGGCCAUCGAGCCGGAGUGAUGACCAACCUUACCACCGAAGAGGUCCUGGAGGCCGCGAGCGGGGCCGUCUCUUCCUCUCCGGGGGUCGUACUCAAUGUAAAGAACCAUAAGACUGCCCGGGUGUUUGGAUGUGCUCAGGUCUUUCUCACCCACGAGGAACUGGGCUGGAUCCAGCGGUGGAUGGAGAUCCGGGCUCGGCUACGUCCGCAGUGCGAUCUGGUCUUCUUCAAUACCAACCAUCAGCACGUGAACACCAUCACUGCGUUCGCCAGGAACGCGUGGGCAGCGAUGCUGCUGCCAGGGAGACCCUCGCUUACCGACAUCAGGACCGCGGUGGCAACGAUGUGCAGGAACACCCACUCCAGUGAUGUCCGGACGCAGAUGGCCCGGGUCAUGUGCCACGACACCCGCACGGCCGACCGAUUCUAUGCGAUGCAGCUGGAUGUCGGCCAAAUGGCGGAGAUGAGGCGCAGAUUUGCCCAGUGCAUGGGAGAAGAAGCUGCAGAAAGUUCACAAUAAACUUUGAAUAAUGCACCAGGAUGUGUCAUGUCUCUUCAUUGUGUGGUGGUGGUGGUGGGACAGGGGGGGGUUUCCAGGUUCCAGUCCCGGCCAACGGGGCCCGCGGACCGGCCCGCACCACCUCUGGUAAUCUGAUCUGGGCUCCGAACCGAGCCGAGCCAGAGAGGCACCAGGCCCAUCCAGAAGGACCGAGGAGGAGACUCACUCACCGGACCGGCCAGAGCCCACAGCGUUGCUGCCUCGGAGAUCCAGAGAACCAGAGAGAAGAUCCGG